GCCACAGAAAUGUCACGACUUGCUGAUUAUUUUGUUAUUGUCGGCUAUGAUAGUGAAAAAGACAGAAAUGCCACCGAAAAUAGCCUAUUAACAUGUGGCAAGAUUAUACAACGUUUUCCCGAAAAAGAUUGGCCUGAUACACCCUUUAUAGAAGGCAUAGAAUGGUUUUGUCAACCAUUAGGCUGGAAUUUAUCUUAUGAAAAACAGGAGCCGAAAUUUUUCACUUCCGUUCUAACCGAUAUUGACGCCAACAAACACUAUUGUGCCUGUUUAAGUUUUCACGAGACCUUAGCCAUAACGCUAAAUAAAAAAGUUGUCGACGACGAAGAUGAAACAAUUACCGCCAAUCAUCAUCCGCAUCAUCCAUCAGCGAUUAAAUAUCAAAAUUCCUCCUCACCGCUGAACAACUCCUCGAACUUAACAAAUAAUGGCAUUAUUCCAUCAUCAUCGGUCGCGACACCGAAUACUUCCACCUCGCUGAUAUCACAUCACAGUGUUAUGUAUGCCCCCAAAUGUUUGGUUUUAAUAUCCCGUCUAGAUUGUGCUGAAACAUUUAAAAAUUGUUUGGGUACCAUCUACACAGUGUAUGUGGAAAAUUUACCCUAUGCAUUGGAGACGUUGAUUGGCAAUAUAUUGGGUUGUAUACAAGUACCACCGGCCGGUGGGCCACAGGUACGAUUUUCUAUCGGGGCAAGUGAUAAACAAUCGUUGCAGCCACCACAGUCGUCAUCGUUACCCAUCACCGGGACAUCAGUGAAUUUUUUGUUUAAACAAUUGGGCAUCAAAAAUGUCCUCAUACUAUUGUGUGCCGUUAUGACUGAAAAUAAAAUACUCUUUCAUUCGAAAUCGUAUUCCCACCUAACGGAUAGUUGUAAAGCUCUCGUUGCUCUCAUGUAUCCAUUUCGUUAUACUCAUGUAUAUAUACCAAUAUUACCGGCACCGCUGUCCGAAGUCUUAUCCACUCCAACGCCAUUUAUAAUGGGCAUCCACAGCUCCUUGCAGUCGGAAAUCAAUGAAUUACUCGAUGUAAUCGUUGUCGAUUUAGAUGGUGGUUUGGUAACAAUACCACCAACACUAACACCACCCGUACCCGUACUACCAUCACCGCUGUGGGAACAAACUCAAGAGCUACUAACCAUGAUAUUAUUUCCAAAUUUAUCACAAGCCGAUUUGGCAUUUCCCUCCCAGGAGAAACCAACAAAUUAUCCCAAAACUGAGGCAAUCAUCGAUAAGGAAUUACGUGCAAUAUUUAUGCGUUUGUUUGCCCAACUAUUGCAGGGAUAUCGAUCAUGUUUAACCCUGAUACGCAUACAUCCCAAACCGGUCAUUACUUUCCAUAAGGCUGGAUUUUUGGGUGCCAGAGAUUUAAUUGAAAGUGAAUUUUUGUUUCGUGUCUUGGACAGUAUGUUCUUUACGACCUUUGUAAAUGAACGUGGCCCACCAUGGAGACCCUCUGACGCCUGGGAUGAAUUGUACAGCACCAUGAAUGAAUUACUAAAAUCCGAGGCAAACAACAAAAGUCUCCUGCAAAUACACAUUGCCGAGCUGGGGAAAGUUCUAUAUGAAAAUGAAAAUCCCAGCCAGCAAAUGUAUGUCCAAAAGGUGUUGCGACCACCCGAGGGUGCCUCACAUCGCAUCCACCAACCGGCAUUCCCACGCCUCAAUCCGGAAAAAGUUGAAAUUAUUAUUAACGAUGGCAUACGUAAAAAUUGCCUACAACCUCGCCUGACAUCACAGCGUAAUCAAAAUCGCAUUAUACCUAUGGGACCUCGCUUACCCGAAGUAUUAGAUGUAAGACCCAAUCUCUUGAAUUCAGCCAGACGUUUGGAGGUUUUAAAAACCUGUGUAGCAUAUAUUUUUGAAAAUAAGAUAGCCGAUGCCCGCAAAUUGGUGCCGGCUGUGACACGCACGCUGAAACAUCGUGAUGCCCGUUUAAUAUUCUGCCGUGAGUUGUUCGGCUAUGUUCGAGGCAAUAAGGCCGUUUUGGAUCAUCAACAGUUCGAUUUGGUCAUUAAGUUUAUGAAUAAAACCCUACAAAAUUCCACCGGCAUAGAUGAGUAUACUGUGGCUGCAGCCUUGCUACCAAUGUCCACGAUAUUUUGUCGUAAACUCUCUACGGGUAUUAUACAAUUUGCCUACACCUGUAUACAGGAUCAUAGUAUAUGGAAAAAUUUACAAUUUUGGGAAUCGACAUUCUAUCAAGAUGUACAAACGCAUAUCAAGGCGUUGUAUAUGCAACAUCGUCGGGCAAAUGAAAAUAACAAGGAGUCGAAUUGUGUAUUGGAUGAUGUGCCUCUGGAGGAACCGACGGCAUUGGAAAUAACCGCCGAACAAAUGCGUAAAUCACCCACAAUUGAUGAGGAAAAGAAAAAGGAAUUGGCUCAAUCGGAGGAAUCGACAUUAUAUAGUCAGGCCAUCCACUAUUCGAAUCGGAUGGUAUCUCUGCUCAUACCACCCGAUGUUAAUGCUGUGGGUCAGAAGCCAAAGCAAACAUUUCGUUUUGAUGAUAAUCAAAGUGUAUCGAAUAGUAUUAUGGGCUCCAUGAGUGAACACUCCGAUGAAGGUUUCGAAGAGAAUGACGCCUCCGAAGUAGGCGUUGCUGUGGGUAAAAUCGUUUCACGUUUUAUUGAUCGUGUCUGUACCGAGGGUGGUGUUACCUCCGACCAUAUACGCAAUUUACACGAUAUGGUACCCGGUGUAGUACACAUGCAUAUUGAAUCUCUGGAAUCUGUGUAUUUAGAAUCGAAACGUCAUCCACAUGUACAGAAACCAAAAAUUCAAACACCCUGCCUGCUGCCGGGCGAAGAAAUUGUCACCGAUCAUCUGAGAUGUUUCCUAAUGGCCGACGGGCGGGAAGAUGAUACCCAGUGUUUAAUACCCGCUGAGGGUGCUCUAUUCCUUACAAAUUAUCGUAUCAUAUUCAAGGGCAAUCCCUGCGAUCCCUUGGCCUGUGAACAGACAAUAAUUCGUGCAUUUCCCAUUUCUUCGUUGUUGAAGGAGAAGAAAAUUUCCGUUUUAUAUUUAGCCCAUUUGGAUCAAACAUUACCCGAGGGUUUACAACUACGAUCGAGUACCUUUCAGUUGAUGAAGGUGGCCUUUGAUUCGGAAGUAACACCCGAAAUGAUUGAAACUUUCCGUAAAAUUCUGAAUAAGGCUCGACAUCCCAUUGAUGAAUUUGAACAUUUCGCUUUUCAAUCCUAUGGCACAAUUAUACAUGGCACGGCGCCACUGAAGGCCAAGGAGAAGUAUUCCACGCUGAAGGGCUUUGCCAAGAAAACACUGAUGCGCACCGCCAAAAAGGCCGGAUUGAAACAGAAAUUCACCACCACCACCAAAAGGAAAUUGGUAACAUCAGCUGUGGAUUUUGAUACAAUGGUAGCUUCGGCAGAUGCCUUAGAGACACAUUCCCAAAACGAUGAGCUCGAAGAUGAUGAAUUUGAAUCGAAUAAUGAAACCCUACCACGCAUUGCCACCGCCAAGGAUAUUGAACGUAUGCGUGAACGUAACUAUGUACGUGACUGGAAACGAUUGGGCUUCGAAGAUGCCCAUAAUGGCUUCCGUAUAACGGCGGUGAAUUCGAAUUAUAGUAUGUGUCGUUCAUACCCUGCCAUAUUUGUGGCCCCACUGCAAAUACACGAUGCCGCACUAACACAUUUGGGUCGUUGCUAUAAAAAUCAACGUAUACCGGUAGCUACAUGGCGCCAUCGCAACGGUGCCCUGCUAAUACGGGGAGCUUUGCCCCAUAGUAAAUCUGUGAUAGGCAUGCUUAAGAAUAGUACAACAGGUUCGAAUAAUACCUCCAAUGAUGUGGCCAACUACCAUGAGCAAGAUAAGUAUUUUAUGGCUUUGAUCAACACCAUGCCCAAGCCGAAUAUUUCAUUGGCUCACUACAAUUUGACGGGCAUGAAUUUGUCAAUGAAUUCAUUGCUAUUGAACACAUCGGCCGUGGAUGAUUUACAUUAUUUGAACACCUCAUUGACCCCAGAGGUUAGUAGAAAAAAUAAAUCUGGAAUGUCAAAUGAGAGUAAGCAGAAGAGUGGCACCAUUAAAAAUUCUUCGGCGGUUUCGAACAGUGCCUCGGCAUAUAGGAAAAUACGUCUAUAUGUUUUGGGUGAAAAGUCACAGACGAAAUCAAGUGUAAAUGCCGAUUUGGGUGCAGAGUUUAUACCCGUCGAUUAUCCCGAUAUUCGUCAUUCACGCAUUGCUUUUAAGAAGCUAAUGAGAGCAUGUCUUCCCUCGAACAUUACCAAUGAGACAGAUCAAACAUUUGCCAAGAACAUUGAACAAUCGGAUUGGCUGCAACAAAUCUCUUCUCUGCUGCAGCUUUCGGGAGCUGUGGUGGACCUUAUUGACCUACAAGAGGCUAGUGUUAUGCUGUCGCUGGAAGAUGGCUGGGAUAUAACAGCACAAAUCUCUGCCUUGGCUCAAUUGUGUUUGGAUCCCUAUUAUCGUACAAUAGAUGGUUUCCGUGUGCUUGUCGAAAAGGAGUGGAUUGCUUUUGGUCAUCGUUUUGCCCAUCGCAGCCAUUUGAAACCGUCUCACAAUAGUUCAAAUAUUGCAUUUGCUCCCACAUUUCUACAAUUCCUCGAUGGGGUCUAUCAAAUACACAAACAAUUCCCCAUGGCAUUUGAAUUUAAUGAAUUCUACAUACGCUUCCUAGCCUAUCACACUGUCUCCUGUCGUUUUCGUACAUUCCUGUUUGAUUGUGAAGUGGAACGUUUUGAUAUGGGCAUAACAGCGGUGGAGGAUAAACGUGGUUCGCUGUCGACCAGUAAACAUUUGCUAAGUAACAAUGGUUCAGACGAUGAGUCGGGUGUCUAUCCUGUUGAUAUGCGUAGCAAAACAUUGGUGAAUUUCAAUCGCAUUGGCCAUUCAAUAUUCGAUUAUAUUGAGAGGCAACACUCGAAAUCGCAAAUAUUCUACAACUUCAUCUACUACAUGCACGACGAUGUCCUGCGGCCACAAAGUUGUGCCGCCGCUUUAGAUCUGUGGCCUUAUUACACCAACGAAGAACUGGCUCAGGGACCACCCUAUGAUCUAGAGGUUACAAGUGCCGACGAUGAACUAGAUUUAUCCGAAAUGAAGGGCAAACGUAUUGUCAUAUCUGCCGGCUAUGACAACAUUGAAAAAUCAGAUCCCAACACCUUUGUUUGCCUACUCAGCGAAGUGAAACAAGCCGAAACUGAACGUGGCCAUUUGCCACAAAAAUGGCAACAAGUUUGGACUAGCCUUGAUGUACCCCAAGUGGAGCGGAUCGAACGUAAAUCGUCCCUCAAUAGUCUUUUCUAUCAGGGCAAAUUGCAACAUAAACGUUCCACACUGGAAAUCAUAAUGAAAGGACGUCUCUCUGGCUAUCAGGAGAAAUUCUUCCAUCCACAUCGGUUUGAGAAACACCCGUAUACCACACCCACCAACUGUAAUCAUUGCACAAAAUUAUUAUGGGGCCCUGUGGGCUAUCGCUGCAUGGAUUGUGGCAAUUCCUAUCAUGAACGUUGCACAGAACUUUCGCUGAAAAAUUGCACAAAAUAUAAGGCCGUUGAGGGUGUUGUACCACCAAAUGUCAAUAUAUCACAGGGUGAUACGGCCAGUAUAGCAUCGAGUGCUGCGACAACGGCACGUACCUCAUCACAUCAUUUUUAUAAUCAGUUUAGUAGUAAUGUUGCUGAAAAUCGUACUCAUGAGGGACAUCUUUAUAAACGCGGUGCCUUGUUAAAGAAUUGGAAACAACGUUGGUUUGUCUUGGAUUCCAUUAAACAUCAAUUGCGUUAUUAUGAUUCAGUUGAAGAUUCAACAUGUAAAGGUGUAAUAGAUUUGGCUGAAGUACAGAGUGUUACAGCCGCACAACCUACUCAAAUCGGCACAAAACGUGUAGACGAGAAAGGAUUUUUCGAUCUGAAAACCUCACGACGAACCUAUAAUCUGUAUGCCAUGAAUGCAAAUUUGGCCCAGGAAUGGAUAGAAAAAAUCCAAGCUUGCUUGCAGUAGAGGAAGAAUAAUAAAAAUGGGUAUAUCAUC